AUGGACACAGACACGGACCUGGAGACCAGCAGUUGUCUGGACUUGGAGCAAUGUUCUCUUAAGGUCUUGGAGCCUGAAGGAAGCCCAAGCCUAUGUUUACUGAAGCUAUUGGGUGAAAAAGGUUGUACAGUCACAGAGCUGAGUGACUUCCUGCAGACUAUGGCACACACUGAAGUUCUUCAGCUUCUCAGCCCCCCAGGAAUAAAGAUCACUGUAAACCCAGAAUCAAAGGCAGUCUUGGCUGGACAGUUUGUGAAAUUGUGUUGCCGGGCAACUGGACAUCCUUUUGUACAAUAUCAAUGGUUCAAAAUGAAUAAAGAGAUUCCAAACGGAAAUGCAUCAGAACUUAUUUUUAACACAGUGCAUGUAAAAGAUGCAGGCUUUUAUGUCUGUCGAGUGAAUAAUAACUGCACCUUUGAAUUCAGCCAGUGGUCACAACUGGAUGUGUGUGAUGUCACAGAACUAACAGAAAGCUUCCAGGGAAGUUCGAAUGGCAUCUCUGAAUCCAAGUUGCAAAUCUGUGUUGAACCAAGGUCCCAAAAGCUGAUGCCAGGCAGCACGUUGGUCCUGCAGUGCGUUGCUAUUGGAAGCCCUAUUCCUCACUACCAAUGGUUCAAAAAUGAAUCACCCUUAGUGCAUGAGACAAAGAAGAUAUUCAUGGUGCCUUAUGUGGAAUUGGAACAUCAAGGAACCUAUUGGUGUCGUGUACAUAAUGAUCGCGACAGUCAAGAUAGCAAGAAGGUAGAAAUCAUCAUAGGAAGAACAGAUGAGGCAGUGGAGUGCACUGAAGGUAGUGUAACCUUUGCCCCUCACCCAGAUAAUAAAGAGCAAACAGCUGACCAACCUUUGGCUAAGGACAAGGUUGCCCUUUUGAUAGGAAACAUGAAUUACUGGGAGCACCCCAAGCUUAAAGCUCCUUUGGUGGAUGUGUACGAAUUGACCAAUUUGUUAAGACAGCUGGAUUUCAAAGUUGUUUCACUGUUGGAUCUGACUGAAUAUGAGAUGCGCAAUGCUGUGGAUGAAUUUUUACUACUUUUAGACAAAGGAGUGUAUGGAUUAUUAUACUAUGCGGGACAUGGUUAUGAAAACUUUGGGAACAGCUUUAUGGUUCCUAUUGAUGCUCCAAAUCCAUAUAGGUCUGAAAACUGCCUGUGUGUGCAAAACAUACUGAAAUUGAUGCAAGAAAAAGAAACGGGGCUCAAUGUGUUCCUGUUGGACAUGUGUAGGAAAAGAAAUGACUAUGAUGAUACCAUUCCAAUCUUGGAUGCAUUGAAAGUCACUGCCAACAUUGUGUUUGGAUAUGCCACUUUAGAUAUGGGUAAAUGCCAUCUCACCAAAGGCAAACAGGCUCUAGAGAUUCGAAGUAGCUUGUCUGAAAAGAGAGCACUGACUGAUCCAAUACAAGGAACCGCGUACUCUGCAGAGUCUCUGGUGCGGAACCUGCAGUGGGCCAAGGCACACGAACUUCCUGAAAGUAUGUGUCUUAAAUUUCAAUGUGGUGUUCAGAUUCAGUUAGGAUUUGCGGCUGAGUUUUCCAACGUCAUGAUAAUCUACACAAGUAUCGUCCACAAACCACCGGAUAUAAUAAUGUGCGAUGCCUAUGUUACCGAUUUUCCGCUUGACCUAGAUAUUGAUCCAAAAGAUGCAAAUAAAGGGACACCCGAAGAAACCGGCAGCUAUUUAGUGUCCAAGGAGCUUCCCAAGCAUUGCCUCUACACUAGACUCAGUUCACUGCAAAAAUUAAAGGAACAUCUGAUCUUCACAGUAUGCUUAUCAUAUCAGUACUCCGGAUUGGAAGAUACCAUAGAGGAAAAGCAGGAAGUGAAUGUUGGGAAACCUCUCAUUGCUAAACUAGACAUCCACCGAGGUUCAGGAAGGAAGACUUGUUUUCAAACUUGUAUUAUGUGCAGUGGCCCUUACCAGAGUUCUACAUCCACCUCAGUGGGAGCUGGACAUUAUCAUUCUUCUCAAGACUCAUUCCUUGGUGUUUACCAUUCACAUCUUGGUAAUUCAAGUAGUGCCGUACCGUCGGAUAGCUGUCAAUGCAGCCGGACUGCAGAUGCAUUUAUUGCAAGUCAUCACACACACCAUUAUUCGUGUCAUUUUGUUAGAAGUAACGUGCCGGUCGAGACAACUGAUGAAAUACCAUUUAACUUCUCUGAUGGGCUCAGGAUUUCUGAAAAGUGACCUCCUUGUUUUUGAACGUUAUCAGAAUUACUAGAUGCAUCAUAUGCCACAGUCUUAUAGAAAGUGAGGGGAAAGCACAUAUGUGUAUGUAAAGAGGGAAAAUAACAGCUGUUUCACAGCAAGCUCAGGACUUUGAGAUGUUGCAAUUAUAUUAUUUAACCACAGACUUCCUCGUCCUUUCUCUUUUAAGGUUUUGUGAAUUGGCUGGUUCUGUAAGAGUGAGGUAUGGAUGUGUAUCUGUUUACUUGUAUAUAACAAAAAUGUUUUCAUUUUGACCACUCUAAA